CCCUCUCCCCCCCCCCCCCCACCUCUCCCUCUACUAUUCGGGUCGGGUUAAUUACCCAAUUAGAGAUUUCUUGAUUAUAAGCUACUAGCAACACAAUGACAAGGGUGGCACCGGAGACCGAGUCAACCACCACCACCACAUUACCCGAACCAAACCCGAAAAGAGUGAAAAGGGUCAAAGAGGAUCCAAAAGAGAACCCGAAAGAGGAUCCGAAUGAUGAAGCCACUAUUUCAAACACUAGUAGUUGUAACAAAGCAAACAACAAUAGUAAGCACCCGGUUUAUAGAGGUGUUCGGAUGCGAGCAUGGGGCAAAUGGGUAUCCGAGAUCCGAGAACCCAAGAAAAAAUCCCGGAUCUGGCUCGGUACCUUUUCCAACCCGGAAAUGGCCGCACGCGCACACGACGUCGCCGCACUUUCCAUCAAAGGAAAGUCGGCCAUUCUUAACUUCCCCGAACUCGCCAACGUUUUACCACGACCGGUUUCAUGUUCGCCACGUGACAUUCAAGCCGCCGCCACCAAAGCCGCUAAUACGGAGUUCACCACCACAACAACCACCUUAACAACUACUACGCCGUCAACACCCUCCACGUCAUCUUCUUCCACGAUGACGUCAUCAGCUAACAUUGAGUUCACCACCACGACAACAACAGCAACGUUAACAAGUACGGCGCCGUCAACACCCUCCACGUCAUCUUCUUCCACAAUGACGUCAGCGGACUCGAUAGUGACGUCGGAAGAGGUGUCAACGGUGCUUGGUGAGAUUGUGGAGUUGCCGAGUUUGGGAACGAGUUAUGACUCGGCCGAGUCGAGGGACGAUUUUGUGUUUAUUGACUCAGUUUGGGAUUAUUAUUAUUAUGAUUCAUCUCCACCAUGGCUGGAAGAAUAUGAUGUUGGAAGUUUCUUUGAUACGUUAUUAUGGCAACAUUAAUAAAUGGUUUGUAUGUUUUUUUAAAAUCUUUUUCCCUAAUAAUUAAUGGGAUUUUGUUUGGGCA